CAGGAGCUCCGGUCCCCCUUGUAACUUUCGCAUUCUACAGGCUUUCAGGAGCUCCGGUCUCCCUUGUAACUUUCGCAUUCUACAGAAAAGCGGCUCUCAUCCACGGAGUAUUCAUACAUGCGAACUACUAACUUUACAGUAGACCAUGCGCGCUUUGCACGUUGAUAAUACAAUGAACAAUGCAAAACUCCUUCUACGAUUGGAGUGACGAAUGUAUAUCCAUUACUGAAAGGACAUUUAAAGUGUAGCCACUGUCUGCUACAUGCUCUCCACACAAACUCUUAGUUGCAGUCUUCGAAGAACGUCCAACAUCCACGUCAAGUAUGGCAGGCGUCGCUCGUGAACACCGGCCGUGUGUUAGAGUAUAGCGGUGAUUUUGCCAACUAUAGCAAGUUACACGGACCAAAAAUGAAGCUGCCUCAUGCCAAUGGACAUCAGCCGUCGCUCCCAAACGCAGAUUCACCAAGAAGCACUUUGCUCUUGCUGGUAGCUGUGCUGGCACUGGCAUCACUAGCAGAGAGCCUCGUCAUUCCCACGGAUGGCGGUGUCACGCUGGAACAGCUGCUGGCAGGGCAGGACAUCCUUCCACAGGGUGUCAUAUACCUGCAGCAGCAGGGUGCAGAUCCCAUGACGGUGGAACUCCCCUCACCAACGGUUGUCCUGGAGGGCAGGGGAAGCACCAUGCCAGAGAGCCAGAUGACUUCCAAGCCGCCAUCAAUGGUCCGUUACAACCCACCAACCCCUCCCCGUCCUCCAAAGCCACCAAGCCCGCCAAGCCCACCCCUUCCUCCAACACCACCGCUAGCUCCGCCCCAGCCGCCUCUACCAGCGCCCAGCCCAGAUGCACCCUUUCCGCCUGCUGAAGCUCCAUACACAGUGCUGGACUUCAGUUCAUAUCGUUAUGCUUCCCUGCAUGGGAUCCCUGCAAUGAGGGUGGGACCAGGACAACACCUGACCAUCUCAUCCCUGGGGAUAGGCGCAAGUGAAGUGGAGACGCCUCUGGGGCCGCACACGCAUAUGGCCUUUUCGUCACUGUCACCCGCAUACCUAAUAGAAGUCCUGGAGGGAGCCACUCUAACCCUCCAAAAUGUGACACUGCUCUUAUCCGAUACUUAUCUGGACACCUACCUGACUGAGUGGAGCAAGGCGGCUACUCUAUGGCCCUACACCACAACCGUAACCGUCCGCAACGGUGUCAUUCAGAUAGAGUCCCUCACCACACAAGCUCGGGUGGUAUCACCCCAUGUCAGUGAUUACGGCUAUGAUGCAUACACAGGCGGUGAGGUGCAGUGGUCUGGUGUAACAAUAACCUGUCCAGGGUACGGGCCGCCAAGACCUCGUGUUGGAGCAGCUCCGGUGGCCAGCAUCUGGCAGCUGGGCCAAUCAAGUCUGGCAUCAAUGAUCGGCAAGAUGACUUCUGGCACCCUGUUCCUGUCUGUGGCGACGGAUGUGGAGCUGCCUGGAGAUGGGAGCUGGCAGACGGUAGCGUUGCCAGCGUUUAUCCUGGUGGUGCUGCUGGGGAAUCCUGUGAGGACCACCACAAUCAACCUGGCAGGGGUGGAGCGUGCAUGGUACAAAGCCAGCAGCAACCAGCUUAUAUAUGGAGCAAUCCUGCAAGCCGCACAGCUGCACGAGUUAACGCUUGUCAACUUGCCUCUCUCAACAGCGCCUAGCAACACCAGCAGCCUUCUAGCCAUAAGCCUGCAGAGCUUUGCAACUGACAGGAUGACUGUCGAUACAUCGUCACCCCAGCUCAUCCUCAAGCGCAGUACAAUUGUCGUACCGGACCAAGAGGUUGCCUUUUUGGAGCGGUUGUCCCGGACCAAUGGGACUUCCCCUGCAAGGGUGCAACUGACAUCGGUUUUCACCGUCUUUGAUGUCCAGCAACCCUCCAACAAUGCGCUUGAGGGGCAGCUGCUGGUCAACCAGCUGCGGAUGGGGACGCAGGUUUCCCUGCUCAACUGCACGCUGCUGUCCGCCAGCCACUACGCGGCACAACCAGGCGCCAAGCCACUGCUGCCGCAGUCUCUGCUGUGGGCCCCGGAGCUGCUGCAUGGGGAUGCUGAGACGGCAGCGCAGUGGGGUCCGUUGGGACUUGCCUUGGCUCCCAGCUUUCAGUGCGCCCUGUCCAACCUCGACUCAACUUGUGGGCCACUGCCGGGCAAGACCCCCGUCACGGUUGUUACAGGACGCAACGACCAGAGCGUCCCCGCGGUGCUAUCUGGCGCUGAAGAGGCUGCCAGCUCGAUCCGCAUCUCUAGUGGUGGUCCGCUGGCCCCUGCUAGCGAGUGCGUUGUGGGCGGCUACCCGCAGCAGCUGGGAGGCGGCCGCACCUUUGUGAACCUGCAGGGAGCCAUCGGCCGUGUAAACCUUCAACGUCCCGUCACACUCCGAAACCUGGUGUUGUACAACCUAGCGCCCGGCGGCAUGUACCCUCUGGACGCCAGUGCUGGGGACGACGACUACAUCAGCGGCCAUGGCAUGCGAGCAGAGCCGCCCCAGCUGAGGGGCCCGGACGCGGCUUGGGCCAACAGCUCGCUCCCGCUCUGGUUCUUCAGCAAGACUGGCGAGACGACGGACUCACAAGUGCCACGGCUAGUCCUCGAGAAUGUCACUCUCGUGGUUUCAGAGCCCGAGUGGCGUGCGCUAGCUGCUGCCGUGCUGCUGCAACAAGUGGAUGCUGCAGCCGGGCAGGCUCGCUCGCGCAGGGCGCAGGAGGAGCAGGAUGCACCGCAGCCAACGUAUUGGAGGGCGGCCACAGCUGGGAAGAGCGAUGGGGCUGAGACAUUGGGCGCCGAAUCUCCUCAGGGCGUGUCACGUAAACUGAAGGGGAUCUUGGGAGGAGGAGGAGGUGGCAUACUUCGCUGGUACUAUCCGGCACUGCAGCCACCCCGACCCCCGUCUCCACCUCUGUCGCCACCCAGCCAGCCACCACCUUCACCCUACGAACAACCACUGGCGCCUACAGCGCCUCAACCGCCUGUGGUGGCGAGUGCUGACAGACCACCAGCACAGCCAAGUCAACCGCCCCCGUCGCUUCCUUCAAUGCCACCACCGACACCCCUGCCACCAUCACCCCCGCUCUUGCCGCCUUCACCUAAACCACUACCACCAAAACCGUCGCCACCGCCACCACCCCCACCGCCACCACCACCGCCGCCUCCACCAUCGUUACCACCGCCGCGACCUCCGUCGCCACCGUCACCACCCCGGCCUCCUUCGCCGUCACCCCCUAAGCCACCGUCUCCGCCCCCACGUCCUCCCCAUCCACGACCUCCCCGUCCGCCCCCCUUACCAUCGCUACCACCCUCACCACCACCUCUACAACCCGGCUCGGACGAUCCACUGACGGCGUUGGUAGCCUAUGCUGCGGCAUCCCAGGCGCUGUCCUAUGACUACAAUGCCGGGGUGCUGGUCCUGGCGGCUGCACAGCACUACGGCUGGGUGGGAACCAACGUGACGGUGACGUACAAGAUGCCACCGGAUGCCCCCAGGAACGCAAGCCUGCUCUCCUACCCGUCCUUUACCUUGCCGUAUCAAGAGCUUGCAGAAAUGGACAUCAACAACACAAUCAGCACCUUCCUUCCACCACCUCCCAGCCCGCCCGCCACUCCCGCAAACGUUGAACGCCCGCCACCGCUCGUGACCCGCCCGGCACCGCUUAUGCUAUCAACCGACACAAUGCCGGCUCAGCCCGGGCUGCUGCCUCCUUCAGCAGCAGCUAGCACCGCCCCUCCUGCUCCCUCCUCCGCCGGCCGCCCUGCCUAUGUGGUGCCUGUGGCAAGCUCCCUGUCCGCCUUCUUCGGGCUCCUGCUGCUGCUGUUGCUGGCCCUGCUGCUUGUCAAAAUGGCAGUUAGGCGGCGCCGGUACGCGGCCGCUGACAAGGAUGCCAGUGCAGCUGCUGUUGUUAUAGCAGUGGCCGGCAAGGACAAGAGCAAAGAAACAGAGGCUAAAUGGCCCGGUAAAAGCCUGUCAAGCGACUUGACACAGUUGGCAGCUGCAGAUGCGGGCGUCAAGGGGAAUGUGCAGGCUUGCAACGAUGCCAACAAUUCAAGCCACGACAGCAGUACAGUUGCGACAACGAAAACCUCGGGCGCUAAUGGAACAAACUCUUACAGCAAGCCAGGGAGCAAUUUCAUUUCCUCACAACAUGGGCCUGGCAACUGUGAUGCGCGGGAGGCCAACCGCCUGAUGCUGAAGGACAUGCUGGCAGCAUCUAUAAGAGCUGCUGCCAAGGAGCUACGGAAGCAAGAAGAAGAGCCGCAAGGGCACGUGGGGCAGUCUACCUCGGGAAACACUGGCAGCGGCAGCCAGGCUCAGGGAUGUGCGGGGGAAGGAGCCACCAGCAUCAGCACGUACGCGCGUAGCAUGCAGCCAUUAACAAGGACCACCUCGACCGUACCGAUUACUGCUCCUCUAUCACGUGUAACCGGAACCGUACCUAAUCUUUAGGCCUACUACACAGACCGUCGCAAGCAGGCGGCGCUUAACACUCGGAAAGCGAAGGCUGCAGGGGCCCAGGGUGUACAGCAGGAUGCACCUCUGGGGCCAGCCUCCACACAGUCGUCCAUCAUCAGCCAUUCCUCGCUGGCA